UGGAUACGAGGCUCCAUUGAGCUGUAUAAAGAGUGAGCGGGACACCUGCCCUCAGCACACUGCCUGCAGACACCUGAGAGGAUGACGGCUCUUCAGGUCAGAAAAGUGAUGUUACACUUUAUGUUGAGCUUGUUUCUGGGAGCCUCAACUUUCUUUUGGCCCCUGGCUCCAGCAGCGGCCUUCCAGCUGCCGUCCUGCCAGCUCAUCAACCAGACGGUGUCUCUGGAGAAGGAGGGCUGUCCCAAGUGUCACCCGGUGGAGACGACCAUCUGCGGGGGUCACUGCCUCACCAAGGACCCGGUCAUGAGGGUGCCAUUGGGCAAAAGGCACCAGCGCGUGUGCACCUACGAGAAAUUGAACUACGAGACCGUCGCGCUGCCCGACUGCCCCCCCGGCGUGGACCCCACCGUCAGCUUCCCCGUGGCCCUGAGCUGCCGCUGUGGCCGCUGUGCCGCCGCCACGUCAGACUGCACCUUCGAGGGCCUGCAGCCCGACUUCUGCAUGAACGACAUUCCUUUCUACUACUAGUCCACGAAGCACCUUAAAGCGCCCGCCAUGCAGGAACCUGCGUCGCCACCCUAACAGCAGCUGUUGUAAAUAAAAACUGUUACUUUUAGUGAUGC